AUGCAUUGCGAGAUCUGCAAGAAAAUAGAGCAUAAGUAUGUUUGUCCACGAUGUAAAUUACGCACCUGUUCACUCCCAUGCUUCAAACAACACAAAAUUGAUAAGAAAUGUUCGGGUUUAAGUGAUAUUUCAUUAGGCACAAGGGAUACAUACAUUGAUAAAAAACAGUUGGAUUCCAACGAUGUGCAGCGUGAUUACAACUUUCUGCUUAAAGUGAAUCGAAGCUUGGAUCUUGGGAAGAGAAGAAAAAGCGAAAUGAAAAUACUGAAGACAGUAGGUAAUCGCAGAAAUGGGAAUUUUAGUAAUAAUGGAAUUAAUUCAAAAUGGGUACCCACCAGAGGGGUCAAAGUGAAGAAAGUUCCAUUGGGAAUGGAGAGGGGGAAACUUAAUAAGAGUGGCGGGAAGGGGAAUAAUUGGGCAUGGACCAUUGAAUGGUUGCUAAUCGAUGAAAAUAAAAAGGUUAUAGAUCGGUACGUCAAAUAUAAGUCAGGCGAAUCUAGCAUUCUGAGAACGAUAGUACCUAGGGCAUGGAUAUGCGGAGGAGAUGAAUACACAAUUUUGUUUAAAGAUUUGGAAAGUGGGGUGUUUGAAGUGGUUGAUAAGGAUGCCAAGUUAAGCGAAGUUUUACUCAAUAAGUUGGUUAUUGAAUUUCCCACGAUGUAUAUCUUCAAGGGAGACAGUAGUAUCAUAACUAGAGAGAAGGUAUUGGAUGAUGAUCUUUCUUCAGGGUCAUCGGAUUCCGAUGCAAGUUCUGACUCAAGUUCUGACUCAAGUUCCGACUCAGAUACACCACCUGAAGAAUCUAGUUCUAAACCUUUAGAAACAUAA